GGCACACACAUCCAUCUGUCCGCCAGCCGAUUUAAGUCAGCCAGCCGCCGCCCACUGCCAGCCUGGCCAUCACCACACCCACCACCCUUCCAGUCGGUCGACAGCCACCUCUCGACGCCUCUCGACGCAGACAGACGGGGAAGGUGCCUGCACUAAGGGUAGGAAAGAGAAAAGGCAAUAGACGUGGACAGACUUCCCCUUCCCCCAUGUGUCGUGUCAUCCGACCUCCGUCAGAUGGUUGGCAGCAGCGCCAGGGAAGGGCCGUCCAUCUUGUUGCGGGCGAUGGCCAUUCCCCGGGGGAAGGCAGCAGGACCACUGCCGCCCUGCUUGGGCGCCUCGGUGGUCCAGAGGGAGAUGUAUGCCGACCCAUUACGCCCCUUAAACGUCUCGAUGUAUGCCGCAAACUCGUCGCCCUCCUCGUCGCCAUGCAGUACGAAUCGGCGUGAGUCGCCGUAGAUGCUGUCGAUGGUGCGGCAGCCGCCCCACAGGAGCGGCUGCUGGGCAAUCAGGGCACAGAUGCGACGACACUCGGCAGAGGGCGGACGCCAGGACCGACUCGGCACCAAACGCGACGACAGCCCGGCCAUCCUGAAAGAGCAGGCAGCGGAAAGACAGACAGACAACAUAACACAUUGCUGUGCUGUUUAUUCUCUCAUUUCAGUCGCUGCAUACCCUUCGAUGAUCAGUCCUCUGAAGCUGAUGUACUCGCCACCACCGUCUGCAGACACACAGACACACAGCGGCAGACACCAUCCAUGUCAAGUUGCCUCUCCAGUGGUGCUUUGCCCUCUCUCUCUCUCACGUCGGCACGGGGGAUCGGCCGCAUCGAAUCGAUCUCGAUAUCUGGCCGGCACCGUCUGCUGUGUGUGCACCGUCACCUCCCACCCCCCCAGCCUCUCCCGCCCACUGGCAUCGCGCGUCAGCCGCAUGCCAUUGCUCAGUCGGUGGCUGUAGAGGGCGUAUUGGCGGAUGCUGGGCGGGCGGCUGUCGAUGACGGCCUUGCUGCCCACGUGCUGCAGGUCGUCACCCGUCAGCUCGAUGGGCAGCGACCGGAUCUUCCUGCAGGUCUUCACAGCGCAGAUCAGAUGAUGACUGGCAAGAUGAACCAUCGCAGUGCGUUUCAGUGUUUUCGCACCUUUGGCGUCGCAAAGGCCACAUAAGCAGUGCCUCAGCCCCUCCAAAAGGACCCAUCAUUCACACAGACUCGUUCUGCGUACCCCUUCGGGCGGACAUAUGCACUCACUCGAAGACGACAGUUUCCGCCGACCGGAGAUCUGUCCUCUCACACAAACGGUACGCCAUCGGCUGUGCUCAAAAACGAAGCCGUCAGCUUCUCAGGCAGCAUC